GCGCGGCACGGCACGGCCGGCUGCGGAAGAUGGCCGAGUCGCCGGAGGAGGUGGCGGUGCUGGUACAGCGGGUGGUGAAAGACAUCCGCAACGCCUUCAAGCGGAACCCCGACAUAGAUGAAAUUGGAUUAAUACCGUGUCCUGAAGCAAGAUACAACCGGAGCCCAAUAGUCCUGGUGGAAAACAAGCUUGGUGUGGAGAGCUGGUGUGUCAAGUUUCUUUUGCCAUAUGUCCACAACAAACUUCUACUCUACAGACAGAGAAAACAAUGGCUGAACAAAGAUGAGCUGAUAGAUACCACAUGUACGCUGUUGCUGCUGAAUCCAGACUUCACCACAGCCUGGAAUGUGAGGAAAGAAUUAAUACUUUCUGGCACUUUAAGUCCACUUAAAGAUUUACAUCUUGGAAAACUGGCGCUAACCAAGUUUCCAAAGAGUCCAGAAACGUGGAUUCAUAGACGAUGGGUGCUGCAGCAGCUAAUUCAGGAAGACUCCUUGCCUGCUCUUGUGAACAAAGGAAACCUGGGAGUAGCACCUGCAGAGAGAAUUCACCAAUUAGUGCAGGAGGAAAUGGACAUCUGCUCUGAAGCUGCUGGGAGAUACCCAAGCAACUACAAUGCCUGGUCCCAUCGCAUCUGGGUUUUACAGCAUGUGGGAAAGCUGACUACCAAGGUUCUUCUUGAUGAACUUUCUUCCACUAAAUACUGGGUUUCUAUGCACGUCUCAGACCACAGUGGAUUUCAUUACCGCCAGUUCUUACUCAAGUCCUUGAUAGGCAGAACUGUGAACGAUGAUAAUACACUGGUACAAAAUCAAAUGGGAAACGAGCAAAAUUCUAGUCUUCAAACGGAGGAGAAAUAUGAAGGAGCAGAAGCUGUUUGUGUGGAGGAACAGAGUGUGGAUAUCUCCCACUACUUAGAGGAGGAGUUGGAUUUCUGCACUGAUCUGAUUGACACUUAUCCGGGGCAUGAAACCUUGUGGUGUCAUAGGAGGCGUGUGUUCUACCUUCAGCACCACUUUAUCAACAAACUUCCUCUUCUGAGUGUGGUGGCCUCAUCUGUGGACAGCAGUGAUGAAACUUUGCAUAAUUCACACCCCAAUCCCACGACAAGCCACAUGGCACAAGCUAUGGAUGUUGAUGGUUUGAGUGAAUCCAGCAGCAAACAAGGUUAUACCCAAGAAACAAAACGCCUAAAGCGUGCUCCUAUGCAGGACUCUUUUGGCCCAGAAAUGGAAUACAGGUUUAUAGAUAAAGUUUUAUCAACUUGUAGAGACGUGGACCAAGCCAGGUUUGCUACUGCUUACAGAAAAUGGUUAGUUACUUUUUUAGGUCAGUGAAGGAAGAAUUUAAAGCCCUGAGAGUUCUUUUAGUGCAAUAUUCUUUUUUUCAGAUACAGCUGCAUGUCUUGGUUGCAAGUGUUUGCUAACUGUGUGUUUCUCACUCUUUUACUGGUCAGUCCUAAAACUUAAAGAGUACAAGUCUAUCACAUUAUUUAUUAAAGAACAGGCAUAUCUUUUGUUAGCAAAUGCCAUUUGUUGUUCUUCCAUUUUUUUAAGAAGUCACUGGUUUUCUAUCUAUGUCAGCUUUCUACCAUGCUGUUAUCUUUAUUUUUAAUUUCUGCAUUAAGAUGGACUCUGAAUGGUGUGGCUUUUAAGGAAAAGAAGGGGAAAGAAAAAAGUUGUCUGCUUUUGAAACAGUGUCUGGAAAAAGAAUAAGAGGAUCUGUCAGUGCCAGCUUAGCCUGGUUCCAGGUAGUUUCUGUUUGCUGUACUAGAUCUUUCUCAUACUUUAAAGGAUUCAGACUAUAUUCAGUGACUACUAUUACUUUUGUACUAGCUACCUUUGGUAGAAUGCCAGGCUGCAGAGUGUCUUCCUUAAAGAAGUAACAGCAUUGGAGUCAUGCCUUCCAUUUUAUUGUGACUAGGUUUUUGUUUCCUUAUAAGUUGUUAAAUGAGUUUGAUAAGAAAGUCUCUGAAGCUGAAAUUCUGAAAAGAAAAAUGAAGUAUUUUCUGUCACAAACACGCAAAAACAGUCAGAGCUAUAUUUGGAAAUAUUUUUCAUAGAGCAGACUUCUUUAACUUCUAAAUGUGUAUUUAUUUAUUUAUUUUACCUCAACAGUUCAGAAUUAAUGACACUUGAUAUACUUUUCUGAAUGUAUUAUGUACACUACAGAAUCUCAGCCUGCUGUGUCACACAUUGAUAACAUAUGCUUCACCACGACGGUACAGGCCCUAUAGAUGGUCAGUGAAAAAAUUCUGCUGCCUGGUUGUUGAGACUAUACAGUUCAAAAAAGUACAGCAGGACGGGACUAUCUCUUUGCUUCUGUUCCUCUGCAGGGCUUCUGUGACUUCUUUCUUCACUGCACUUCUCCAACCAUACAACCUCUCUUUAUGUAACUAUAAAUUUUAAGGGGAUUCAAUACACAUUUCUAUUCCAGUGAAAUUAAACGUGAAUGGUUUUUUUUUUUUGUCAUUUCCUUAGGAGUUGUCUUUAUAAGGGACUUCUAAGGGAGAAAGUGUUGUACAGCUCUAGAGGUUUGUACACUGGCAGCAUUACCCCUGUUCCAAACAGAGAAUAUUAACCAAGGGGAUGAAAUUUUCAAGCUAGAGUCUUUGCCAAAAUUGCUAUUUAUUUCUCCUGCCCAAAGUGCCUCCUUACCACAAUGAGUUUCAAGCUGCUGUUUCUGUUGGGCAGAGAGAAAGAACAAGAAAGUGGAAUUAAAAGACAUGUAGCCUGCUCAAAAAAUUAUCACUUGAAAAGAAGAAAAGCACUUGAGACGUGGAAUUCCAACAGUGCUAAAUAAUUUGGUGGAUAAAGAUUACUCUUGCAUUUCAAAAUGAGAAUUGAUCAUCUCUAGUCUUAGAGAAGUUCAUAAUUCAUUUCAGCCGUGGAGUAGCAAACAGAAGUUUCUCAAUAUAUGCUCUUGUGUUUAUAAUACCUAGAUAAGACUGAUUUAGGCUGAAGGAUCUUCCUGGCAAAGCUUUGUUCUCCACGAGCAAUUACAUCUGCCCCUGUAUAUAUCAUCUGGCUGCUUGGGUUGCAUCUUGGUUGCUGGUUUUGAUUGCAGAAGAACGUAACUGAUGUGUGAAACAGGUAUGGGUAUGGCUUAAGAGGAUUAUUAUGUCACGAGGUGUUUUCUGUGUGAACACUGAAAGAUGAGUAGGUUCAAGUGCAAACUGGAGUCUGAACUGAAGAACUUAACUGGAGCAAAAAUUUACACCCAUCCCAGAGGACACAGUUUGUUUUGUGCAUUAAAGGUAUGUUAAGGCAUGUGCAGUAGCCUCAGUCAGCUUGAUUACAGACACCCCAUUAAUGAUUAGUAUGAGCUUGGAAAGCAUGACAUCUGGUGGCAGUCUGUUAAGGACCAUAUUCAUGGUCACUGAGAAGUUAGCGAGUAACUUAAUUGUAUUUUCUUUGUUUACCUUUGCAAAAAUUACGUCUUGGUAAGAAUAAUAAAAGCAAGCAGCAGAAGACUGGGAUGUGGGAGCAGGAUACAAAGUAUUUCUUGAACUGUGGAAGAAAUGCUUUCUUCUUGCUCUGGACUAAUCGAUAUUUUUAAAGGAGCUUGCAAGAUUUAUGCUUUCUUAGAGCUAUGUCAUGGAGAUACUGUGCUAUUGAAUUUGACAACCUUUGUGACAUAAACUUAGAUCAAACUUAGUAUCAAACAGGUGCCCUCAAAUGCACGUGUUCAGUUCCAGUUUUUGUCAGCAGCAGCAAGGUUUGAAUGUUUGCAGUAGUUGCAUUGCGCAUCCAUACUUGGAACAUGUUCUGAGAAUGGUGAUCAUAGAUGUUGCCGGUAUUUUCAUUACUUGCAUAAAAAACAUCAGUGGCUGUAGUAUGAGGCCAGAGUUAGGAAACCUAUACCUGAUGGAAAUGCUCCCAAAUUUUUAAUUGAAUGAAUUGCUGCUUUUAGAGGUGUUUUCAGACCAGACUUUCCCGCACAAAGAAUUAAACAAUAAAAAUGAUUUUAAUUGAAACAAGUCACAUUUUCCAUUUUGAAAGACAUGCAAACUGUAAGCUGAUAUUUCAUUUUUAUUUUAAGUUAUAUUGAAGAAGAAAACAGGUAACUAAAUUAUUUCAGGCUGACAGUGUCCUGAAGUCUCUUACAUGAGGUGACUGAAAAGAUACUUCCAGCAGAUUGUAUUAAACUCAGAAUUGUAGGAUGUUCUAAAACUGUGAUCUUUGGAACAUACUGAUUCAGUAUUAGUUCAGAGUCUGUCUUGGACACAACUUAAAAGAAAGAAGUGUGGUUCAGGACAUUGGUAGUUAACAUAUAUAGAUGUUGCUGAGUACAGAUUAAGUAAAGUGUUUAAUGCACUUUCUGUUUCAGAGGUUAGGAUAUUUUCAUGUAGUCAACAAACAUUCUCAUGGAGAAAAUGUCCAACAGAAGCUGCAGAAUAUAAAGUGUUGAUUCUCUGUAAGUUCCUUCAGUUAGAAAAUCAAUUGUGUACAGUCUUUAAGCAUCUUCUUACAAAGUUCAGCAUCUUUACUCAUUUUUUUUCCCACUGUAAUAUGUGCGUUACAUUGAUGCAAAUUCUUUUUGCUCACUGGAUUAACUCUUGUAGAAAUUCUUUUCUGCUAGAAGAAAAGGUUUUGAGGAACAAACGUAAUUUGAAACUACAGAAAUUAGAAUGGAUGUAAUAAUGGGUUGAAUUCUCUGCUGCUACUACAUUAGCUAUUAUUUUACUGGCUUUUAUUAUCUUGUGCACUGCAAUCACUGGAACAACACAUGCAGCAUUAGACAUAACUUCAGUAAAGCUAUAUGAAGUUAAUGUUAGAACACAUCACUAUAGCUGCUCAGAUUAGUAUUUGUUAAUCUCCUCCUACCUGAUUAUUAGUGUUUUGUUGACUUAUUACACAUUCUUUAUACAGUCAAAUUCUUGUGACAUUUAAAUAUGGAGAAAAGUAAAUUGCUAAUUUAUACUAUUUAAUUAGCUUGUUUUAAGAUAAAUAAGCAAAGUAACAUAGUAAGGAAGCUUAGAAUCUGUUUUACGAUCAGAAUUUCAGCACUUCCAGUUUGUGCUAGUCCUACUUUAUUAGAAUAUGUAGCUAGAAUCUGUGGGCAGGAGUGAAUUUUUUACUAAGCAGAUAAGUAAUUUCUAAACAGUACUGUGUAGUACUGUUGAUGAGCAGAAAUGAAGGGUAUUAGAGAGCUUGUCUGCCUAGGCAGACUCCACAAGCAUUCUUCAGAAUGGCAAAUACUACAAUGCAUAAAAUGUGACUACUACAGAAUAAUGUAAGCAGUGAGUCUUCAGAGACAUGAUGAUUGAAUUUUUGUGCAAGAUUCUGAGGGUUUUUUUGCUGUCUUGCCUUCUGUGAGAGAAUAAUGUUCUUUGGGGUUGGGGGUUUGUAUCCAAUGGGAAGCAAGUCUUUGCACUGUAGUGUGGGGAUUUAAAAAAAAAACAACUGUUGGGCAGUUUUGGAAAACAAGCAGUGAAGUGGAAUGUAGAUGUGAUUUUUUUUAUAUGUUUGUCUUGUUCUGGGGAUAAAAGUUCUUCACAGUUAGAACUUUUUUUUUUAAUGUUGUAUCAAGGAAAGAAGAUAAAUCACCUAUUCUUAAAUGCACUUAAUGGUCAAGUUAGCUUCACAGGAAAGUCAGUGUCCCUGGCUAAGAUGAUUUUUCUUCGUUUUUCCCAUGUGUUCAGAGUGUGCUUCCUCCCAAACUUUUUGUCUGUUCUUCCAACCAGCAAAAGAAGAAUGUAGCAAAGGAGUAGUGAGGUGGCCUCAUUUCAUGUUUAGAUAACUCCUACCUCCCGAAAGGUUCUUCCUGUUAUUGCCUGUAUGGGGAGUUUGUCACGCUCAGCUUUUUUUGAAGCCUCAUGCUGGGCCUAGAUCUUUCAGUGGUGGAAAGCAAGAGCUUUACCUACAGAGCCAUCUAGUUUCCUGGAAGAGUUUAAAGCAGGACAGAAGACAAGAAAAAAAAAAAAAAAGUUAAAAAAAAAAAAGCUUCAAGCUGUUGUUAAAGUUGGGAAAACUGCCAUAAACUUUUGUUGAUCUUUUCCUCUGAAAAAGCAGUGUGUUACUACAAAAUGGGGGAAAUGUGUGCUUCCAAGAAAUUCCCUGUAGACAGUUGAUGUUUCUGAAGUAUAAACCUAACCCUUUUAGUGGCUUUUAUUUAGUGCAUAACGUUCCUUCUCAGGGCAUAGUCAAUCAUAGUGAAUUAGGGUACAAUUUUAGAGUUUAUAAUUAUUGAUUUAAAAAGAAAACAUAAUUGCUAAACAUGUAAUAACUGACUUAACAUUUUUUGUCUAGCAUAGUGUUUUAUGUCUACCACACACUAAUACUGUACCUUAGCAUCUCAUCUGCAUUAUUUUUUAUUCUGUAUCUUAAAUUACUGUUGCAGUCUUGCAGGCAGUUGCUGGGUUUCUCUAUGCCUCCUAGUACAAUUCAGUAAGCUACUCAGUCUGUCACAAGAGCAUAGUUGAAAUAACGGGGAUGCUUUUUACUCCUAUCUGUGCUGGCACACGAUGUGUGGCUCUGAUCUUUAUUUAUUUAUUUAUUAACUUUUCUUAGGAGUCCAUACUAGAAUUAACAAAGCUGUUAGUUACUGACAGCAUAUGCUUUUGCAUGAUGUAACUGUUCUGAAAAGUGUAACUCCUACCUGAAGUUUAAUAAGCAUCUUUAUCUGCACCAUCUCAAACCUGCUGCUAAUCCUACUGUAGGUGGAGGUAAGGAUGAGCCCACAACAAACAAGAGGGUGCCUAUAUUCACAGCACGUUUUCUCAUUAGAGCACACAGAUGGUAAAACAAAGAGAUUUUCUUGGAUAAGGUAUCCAUAUGAGUUGCUUUUGAAAUUGGUACAUCAGUAAUUCAGUAAGAUACCCUGAAUGGCUGUGAAGAAUUGAUGUAUUUUUUGAUUUAAAACAAAAAACAACAAGGUAUUGAUUAUGCUAUUACAUAUAGAAGAGUCACAUAAAUUAAACAAGGUACCAAAAUUCGGUUUUAUGAGACAAAAUAUGUUUAUAUCUAACAUGCUCAUUUCCUCUUGUUCUAGUUUCUCUUUUUUGAAAUGUCUGUGUUUAAAACUGGGUAGUCAUCUUGUAAAAUGUGAUCAGAAAUGUCUUCUUAACUUCAUGUAACAAAAAAUAAUGGAUGUCUUAAAUAGUUUUAAGUAGCAUUAAGAUUAAUGAUAGUAAUAGCACUAUAGUAUUUAAGUAUGCUAUUAAACACUAAUUUUGUAGCACUCUUAUAUACAUCAAAUACUAUUCUAUAUAGGGCAAAAAUGUUUAUUUUAUGAAGAUAUGUGAAAAAAAUAUUUAAUUCUCAUGGCUUUCAUAUUAGGAAAAAAACAGUUUUUAAACAAUAUUUUGCAAAAUUUUUUUCUAUGAAAUAUUCUCAGAUACACAGUUGUGACCACUGUAAAAUUUAUGGAGCUCUCCAAUGUUGGUAAGUUAGAUAAAUACAAAGUUUUGUAGCAGAAAGAGAAAGUAAAACACUGGAAAAUAAUGUGAUAAAUGACCAGUGUUCUACAGGAGAGUGACUUUAAAGCAUUAAGUUCAUUUUUCACUGGUCCUAUUUUGUGAUAGGUCUUUUUUUUGUCAUUGGUAAAAAUUAAUUAUCUAUAUUUAUUUUCCCAUGGUGAACAUGUAUAUGUACAGGUGGGUAAGUGGAGGAACUGUGUUCAUGUUAUGUCUGGGCGGGAAUGAACAAUGUUCCACAUACAGCUGUUUUUAUGUCACACUCAUGAUCUGUGAACAUAUCUCUUCUGUGGAGUACCUCUCUUAAAUCUCUGAAUCUAGAAAGAUGACAGCCAAUGUCUGAAUUUACUGAAAGGAGCUUCCCUUCUGUGGCACUUUGCCUUCCUUCCACAAUUGCUGGGCAAAUAUGUGCACAUAUGGACCAAAUGAUUUGUGGUGGUGUUUCUUCCAACUGCUUGUAGGUAAUUUUUGAGUCAGUGAAAGAGCUGGUCGUGUCCUGCAAGUUGGGAGGACUGAGUAGUGUUCAGCUGGUGUCCUACUUGCCAGAUAACUUUCGUGAGUCUUCCAGAAAGGAGUAGAGAUGGGCUCAGUUUUGAUGAAGUACUUCAGCCUCAGAGAAGACUAGGAAGACCUGUAGGACACAGGCCAGCAAUCAAUAUUUGAAUCUAAACGUCACAUUAUUUUGGUAUGCUAUUUUUAGUAUUUUCUUGUUAUUCUUUUCAUUAAAAUAAAUUACUUUGUUGUUGUUGUUGUUGUUGAAGAUAUUCAUCAUUUUGAAUGCUUUUAGGUUUUAAUUUACGUAACUUUGGGGGUUAAUUAGAUAGGCGUAGUAUGAGCAAGUAAUAAAUUUUAGACUCCUUUCACAGAAGCAGUUUGUCUGGAUUUUAGUUUGUUACUGGUUUGAGUGCUUGAUUUUAAAACAAAUUGGAAUAGUUCAAAGGAUCUUCAGAGACCAUGUAGUCCAACUGCCUGACCAUGUUAGGAGUACCCAGAAGUUAGAACGUGUUGAGAGCGCAGUCCGAAUGCCUCUUGAAUGCUAGGAAGCCUGUUCCAGCAUUUGACCGUGCUCACGGUAAAGAAAUAUUUCCUGAUGUCCAGUUUGAACCUCCUGUGGCAAAGCCUUGUGCUGUUCCCAUGCAUCUUGUCAUCAGUUAACAGAGAGGAGUGAUUGAUUUAAGUUCUGUUGAAAUGAGGGAUAAAAUUCCUACUGACUUUUCUGACAAAGGAUCAGACCUUGCUGAAGGAAGGAUAUCGGUAACCAUAUGGUAGCUCUGAAGUAUUUACUGUGAUUGAUUGUAAGUGACUUCUGUGUUUCAGGCAUGGUCAUAUUUACAACUUCAUGACCAAAAAAGCUGAUAGAGUAAUGUAUAUUCAUUAGCACUGUGAUUGGAGAGAAGCUGUUAAGGUUCUGAAGUAUUACAGGUUUAAAUAAGCAGCUGGAGACAAACAUGGUGUGUACUAUGCAGGUAUCAAGACCUAAGAAAGUUUUUUGUUUUUGUUUUGUUUGGAAAAACAAAGAGUUUGGGAGGUGUUACAUAUGAAGACUUGUGUGUAGGUCAGUGGCUGAGUUUCAUGCAAGAUACUUGGGGAGGAAUCGUAGGCUUUAAGGUGCCGUGUUAACUGAUGCAACAUUGAAGGAGGAAAGUCUUAAUAAAUAUUGAAUGGCUUAAAUUCUGCUGUUCUCAGAGUGUGCUCUAUACAUUCAUGGUGCAACAAUAAACUGCACUUUUGUCACUCUGUCAUCUCACAAAUGUUUAUAACUAGGUAACAUUAACACCUAAUUUACUUUUUAAAAUGCAUCUACUUAAUGUUGAUUUGAGAUGUUCUAGAAUUGUUUGUUGUUACUGUUUCCUCCACUCUUUAGUCCUUCUGUAGUGGAAUCUAGCCAGAUGGUGAUUUCUACGUUGUAAACUUAGCUUGGCUGUAAAGGGAAGAUCAAAAUUUGCUAUAUAAAAUGUUCAGUUCUCUGAAAAACAUAGGAGGGCAUCUUAAUAGUGCUUUCCGUUUGUGCACACUGAGUUUUACUUUGUUUAUCUCAAAUAUUUUGUAUUGCAUGUUGAUUAUAUUUUUACAUAUUCUAGUAGUACAAAAUAUAUUUAAAAAAAAAGAAUAUCCUUAGGAUCCUAACCAUCCUAUGCAGAUGUCUUCCAGAAUUUACAGGUACAAUUUUAGUGGUGGUGGUUGGUAAUUUUUUUUCUCACUUAUUUAUCAGCAGACUUGUUUUUGUAUGUAUUAGUAAUAAGUAUACUAAGCACACCUGUAAGUUAUUGUAUUUCUGUAGAAAAUGGAAAAUAGUGUAAAAUUGUUUUUGUUAAAUGUUGGCAGUUUUUAAAUAAAUUUUUC